AUGUACUACAGACCCGGCAUAGACGACCACGGCCUGUCCCGUGAUCCAUUUAAGGCAUGCGUUGUUCCCCGUCCCAUCGGCUGGAUUUCCACUCUCACCAAGGAUGGCCAUGCCAACCUAGCCCCUUACAGCCAAUUCAACAAUCUAACCUUCGACCCGCCGUACGUCAUGUUCUCCUCGAACCAGACCGAGGACGGAACGCGCAAAGACACCGUUAUCAACGCCGAAUCCACCGGCCGCUUUGUCUGGAACCUGGCCACGUGGGAUUUACGGAACGAAGUCAACACCACCGCCGAGCAAUUCCCGCAUGGGAUCGAUGAGUUCAAGCAGGCUGGGUUGGAGAAGGAAAAGGGCAGGUUGUCGGAUGUGCCGAUGGUGAAGAGGAGUCCGGUCAAGUUCGAGUGUAAGUACCAUAGUACGAUUAGAUUGCCGGGGGAUUCGCCUAUGGGGACGGUCGAUGUGGUGAUUGGGAGGGUGGAGGCGGUGCAUAUAGCGGAUGAGGUGUUGACGGAGGGACGUCUGGAUAUUGGGAAGACGAUGCCGAUUGCUAGGUGUGGGUAUUAUGAGUAUGCGGUUAUCAGGGAGACGUUUGAGAUGGUGAUUCCAGGUGGUUCGACGAGGUUGCUGGCGGGGCUGGAGGGGAAUGCGAGGAAGAUUGCUGAGGAGGGCGCGAGUAAAUAA